UCGACUUGGGACAGGUCCCUGCGCGCUUUUGAGAAGGUUACAGAAAAGUGGGGUUCAGUUGCCUUCGUGGGGCGAGUCACUGCCGCCGAAUAAUUCAAAGCUGCCUCCUGACUUUUCCGGAGUCUUGAAAGCCACAGAGGGCGAGAGAGAAGGAACUGAGCUUCCUAGGCCGGGUCUGCAGUUGGAGCGGACACGUCGGGCCGGAGCUACAGUUCCCGGGGAGUCCUGGCCGCCCCCUCGGCAGCUCCGGCGCCCAUUACUCCAGCUCCCCCGAGCCUGGCGCUGCGACGGCCCCAGGCAGUUGUGGGGCGCGGGCGAGGGGGCCAAAGGUGCGCCCCCCAGGUUUCCGGGAACUUGGCCGCGGCCGCUGAGUCCCAGCGCCCUCAGGAUCUCGGUCACCCGGCAGCCCCGCCGCGUACGGCCGCUGAGCGGCCGCCACCAUGACGCCCCCAGCGCGGGGCGUGCGCACCUGGGCCGGGCUGGGCGUCCUCACCUCAAUGGCCUACUGCUUCCACCGGCGGCGGGCGGCCCUGUCCGAGCCGCUGGAGGCGGACGAGCAUCCUCCGGUCGACCGGAGCCUGCUGGAGUUGAAAAUGGUGCAGGUGGUCUUCCGACACGGAGCGCGGAGCCCCCUCAGGCAGCUCCCGCAGAAGGAGCAGGUAGACUGGAGUUCCCAGCUGUUAGAGGUCCCACCUCAUACUCAGUUUGACUAUACAGUUGUCAGUCUAUCUGGUGACCCAAAACCACAUUCAUCUGAUGCUCUGUUGCAGAAGACCACACUGAAGGGGGGCAUGUUUGCUGGGCAGCUGACCAAGGUGGGCAUGCAGCAGAUGUUUGUCCUGGGAGAGAGGCUGAGGAGAAACUAUGUGGUGGACACACCCCUCCUUUCACCAACCUACAACCCACAGGAAGUCUUUGUCCGUUCCACUAACAUGUACCGGAACCUAGAGUCAACACGGUGUUUGCUGGCUGGGCUUUUCCAACGUCAGAAAGAAGGACCCAUUGUUAUCUACACUGAUGAAGCAAGCUCUGAGGUCUUGUUCCCCAACUACAAAAACUGCUGGAACCUGAGGGAAAAAACCAGAGGCCGGAGGCAAGCUGCCUCUCUGCAGCCAGGCAUCUCAGAGGACUUGAAGAAAGUGAAGGAAGGAGUGGGUAUCGCCAGCGAUGGAAUAGACUUCUUCAACCUCUUAGAUAAUGUGGCUGCUGAGCAGGUACACAGCCUCCUGAGCUGCUCCACACUGAAGCGAUUUGCACGGAUGAUUGAACAGAGAGCUGUGGACACAGCUUUGUACAUCAUGCAAAAGGAAGACAGGGAAGCUCUGCAGAUGGCAGUGGGCCCGCUCCUUCACAUCCUGGAGAGCAACUUGCUGAAGGCCAGCGACCCUACCACCCCUCCUGGCAAGACCAGGAAGAUGUACCUCUAUGCAACUCAUGAUGUGACCCUCAUACCUCUCCUAAUGAGCCUGGGGAUUUUUGACAACAAAUGGCCCCCAUUUGCUGUUGACCUGACUAUGGAACUCUACCAGCACCAGAAAUCUAAGGAGUGGUUUGUGCAGCUCUAUUACCAUGGCGAGGAGCAGGUGCCAAGAGGUUGCCCUGAGCUGCUCUGUCCACUGGACAAGUUCUUGAACGCCAUGUCAGUUUAUACUGUAAGCCCAGAAAAGUACCACACACUCUGCUCCCAAGCACAAACAAUGGAACUUGGAAAUGGAGAAUGACUGCUUUAUACAAACCAUGUGUUGAUUUUUUUUCAAUAAAAUUCUGUUGCAUAGUG